AAUUCUAUAAUGAAGGUCAAGUCUGUUACUCGAUUAAAAUUCAUUUUAAGUGUUCGAAUCUGAAUAGACCACUGUGCGUUGAACUAUUCAAUUCAUAUUAUAAGUGGAUCCUGGUAUUUGACAUUCUCGAUUAGAUAAUGAUUAAGUUACAUAAACAAUUUUCUAGUCCAGGCAGUAACAGGUUGUUACAAAAAUGUUGAAGUUGUUCUUGGUGUUAUUCUUGGUUUCACUAGUUAACGUUAAUGCCAAACGUCCUAUAGUGGAAAUAAGCAAUGGAAAAAUCAGAGGAGAAAUUAUGUUUACCCCAAAUAAUAGAAGCUUCUACGCUUUCAGGGGUAUUCCUUAUGCCAAACCCCCCUUAGAUGACUUACGCUUUCAGCCACCACAAAGACUAGAUGACUGGGAAGGUGUGCUAGAUAGUGAUGCUAAAGAUCGAAUGUGCGUACAGACAACCUCAAAUCUGAUGCCUAAUGAGGGUGAGGAUUGCCUAUAUAUCCAUGUUUACACGCCAAAGUUACCGACUAAAAAACAGAAAGUUUCCUUGCCAGUUAUGUAUGUGAUACAUGGAGGUGCUUUUGUGUUGGGAACUCCUACUCCAGCCAUGCUUGGACCUCACUAUCUAAUGGAUUACGAUAUAGUCAUUGUUUCUGUUGGUUACAGACUUGGCUUUUUAGGAUUUCUAGCAACUGAAGAUUUGAACUGCCCUGGCAAUAAUGGUUUCAAAGAUCAGCAGUUUGGUUUGAGGUGGGUCCAAGAGAAUAUCCACAAGUUUGGUGGGGACCGGAGAAGGGUUACCAUAUUUGGAGAAAGUGCUGGAGCAGCCAGUGUUGGGUAUCAGUUGUUGGGAUCUAACGCCAAAGGACUCUUCAAUGGUGCAAUAAUGAACAGUGGCUCUUCUCUGGUGAACUGGAGCCUUCAAAGAAACCCUAAGAAGAUAGCUUAUCGUUUCGCAAAGCAUAUCGAUCCUAGGAUAGACGAAAAUAACACAUCAACAUCGGAACUGAUGAAGUUCUUCAGGACGCUGAAAGUCCAAACGAUCAAAACAGCUUGUACAGAAUUAUUUGGAGAGGGACUACUCUCGCUUCAUUACAGAACAUUAGCAGGGUUUCUAUUCGCUGGUACAAUUGAACCUGAACAUGAAGGUGCCUUUUUGACCAAGGCUCCUUACCAAAUGUUGCUAAAAGGCGAUUUCAAUGUAGUUCCGACAAUGCUGGGAGUAACCUCUGAAGAAAGCCUUUUUUUGGGCAAUGACCUAACAAUGGAAGGUAGGAUGGUACAUUACAACAAGAAUCCUGAACAUUUAGUUCUACCAAGUAUGCAUGUAACUGACCCUGAUAGCAUAAAGAAGGCUGGACAAACGAUAAAAGACCUGUAUGAGCCUUCUGGUUCCCUGGACCUGAGCAGAGCUCUUUCUAUAAAGUAUUUCAGUGACACAACGUUUGACAGACCUGUCAUGAAACAGGCCGAGAUGCAAUCUAAAUAUACUGACGUUUUUCUGUACAUGUUUGGAUAUUCUGGAGAAAUGGGAAAGAAUUCGUUGAGUUCACAUGUGCCAGGUGCUGAAAAGGUUGUACAUGCCGAAGAUAUGAUGUAUCUCUUCAGUAGCGUAGAAUCCAAAGACAUCUACUCAUUUCGAAGCCAAGAUAGGAAAACCAUGAAGCGUAUGCUCACUCUCUGGUCAAAUUUCGUGAAAUAUCGGAAUCCCACACCGAAGAGGCUGGAAAUACUGGAGAAUGUAAUUUGGCCCAGGAUUCGAUCGCUUGAUAUGAUACCUUAUCUGCAUAUCAACGAUACUUUGAAAGUUAAGCACAACUACAAGAAGAAGAUGAUGGACGUAUACAAACACCUAUAUGACACUUAUGCCGAACAGUCUCUUGACGUGUAUUGAAAGAUUUUUUUACACUUUUUAAUGUAUGAUGUACGUUUCCAAGGCAAGGUCACUGGAUUUUUCUCAUUGAUGAGUCCAAGAGGCCUCAAAGCGAAGAAUUAUUUGUUAAAGAAGAGUUUUGGUGUGUUUGAAUCAAUAUCCUGCAUUCAUUUGGGAAAUGUGAAGAAAAUCCAGUGGUGCUUUUCUUGGGGGCAGAGGAUGGUUGUUUUUUAUUGUAAUGUAAAACUUUAUUUUAAAUAAAUUGAAGACUUUUAU